AGGUUCCACUUCCCAAUCCAAGCUUUGCUUUCCACCGAUAACUGUCUUCACUCUUCACCUUAGCAACGCAGAAGCUUCUCUCUCUCUCUCUCUCUCUCUCUCUUAUCUCUUCUGUUCCCAAGCCCAUACAGCACCUUGUGUCAAGACCCCUAUUUAAUAUUGUUACAGAGAGACUCUUCACAUUUUCCAACUCUUCUGAACUCUCUUUUCUACUGUUAUCAUAUCAGAGUAUCAAACACCAAGUCAGCACAUUUGGGUACUCCAUCCUGUUUCUCUACUUCUGCCAUUCUUUUCAAGCAUUUUAUCUCCUAGCAGACAUGGAACCUGGAGAAAAGGUUUCUCCGAUCCAUGCAGAAGAAGACACCGCAGCAAGGGUAUUUCCUUGUUUAUUCUGUUCACGAAAGUUCUACAGUUCUCAAGCCUUAGGAGGCCACCAAAAUGCUCACAAGAAGGAGAGAAAUGCAGCAAGGAAGACAAGAAGAGUAUCUGAAUAUGCACCAUCCCCACCACCAACAUUUCCAGUGAUUUUUUCCCCAAGUCAUCAUUUAGGCCUGUUGCACCCUUCAAUGUACACAAGUACUGCUCAUGCAGCCAACCUCCACUGUCAUCCUACUCAUGAUCAGUUCUCUGACCGUCUUGGAUCCAGUGGUGCAGCCAGGUUUGACAGUGGGGUGCUGUUUUAUGGCGGGAGUUGUUCAAGCGAUAGGUAUGAUCAUCACCAAUAUGACCAAGAAGAUGAGCAGAGUUUGUUGAAUUGGCAAAGGAGCAUAAGAUGCCCUGGUUUCAAUGGAGGCGGUCCCAACCACCAUCUUUCAAUGGCGAUUGACAAUCACAAUAUGGAGAUCAGGAACGAUAAAGAUCAGAAACUUGAUUUGUCUCUCCAUUUAUGAAGAAAAAUAUGGUAAGAGAAUAGUCUUGAU